AUGUCGCUCCAGCUGACCGUCAUAAUCGUCGGCGCGGGCAUUGGCGGCCUAGCUGCUGCAGUCGCACUCCGUCAAGCCGGCCACAAGGUCACUGUCCUCGAAAAGUACCGCCACAAGCACGAAGUCGGCUUCGCGGUCAGUAUAUCGCCCAACGCCGUCAAGGUCCUGCGGAGUCUGGGAGUCGACCAAAAGAGUGCUCGUAUGGUGCAUUGCACCGAAGACGUCUUCAUACAAGCAGCACCGGGUCAACGUCCAUUUCAGGUCCUCCUGCGGUCGUCGUUGGCCCAACUCGAGACGGAGUGUGGAGCGCCGUCAAUGACUGCGUACCGGGCAGAUCUGCACAACUGUCUAAGGGAUCUUGCCACCUCAAAAGAUGGUGCCGGUGUGCCGGUGGAGAUUGUAGAGGGAGUUUCCGCCGUGCAUUUUGACUCUACGGGCUCGAUCACACUGAAUAACGGAGAAGUGUCAAGGGCAGAUUUCAUCGUCGCGGCAGACGGCGUGAAAUCCACAGCUCAUCAAGCCAUCAUGGAAGAUGGUGCAGAGAGACCUGCGAAACUCAGCGGGAUCAGCAAUGUGCGUGUUUGCGUGCCGACAAAAUCACUUAUGGAAGACGACGCAUUGAGAGAGUACAUGGAGCUUGCACCCCACGGGACCUCUGUCACUCUGGGUGCAAGGCAAGACCAGAUGAUUUUGCGGUACCCGUGUCGGGACAAUCUCCUUCAAAACUUCGGCUUUUAUGCCGCCGUCAACGAAGUGCCUGCCAACGAGCAGAAAUGGACGACACAGUCGUCAAAACAAGUCGCCCGCGACCGGAUGCAGAGCUUCCACCCGGAUCUUCACAAGAUUCUCGACUACUGUGAGGAGGAGGACAUGUAUCUCUGGAGAGUGGCGGACCGCGAUCCCUUGCCCACGUACCACAAGGACCAUCUGAUCGUCCUCGGUGACGCGGCGCACCCUAUGCUUCCGACUCUUGGCAAUGGCGCUGGGAUGGCGAUUGAGGAUGCAGGAGCCCUAGGGUUGGCCAUGACAGGAGUCAGAGCAGUGAACGAGGUGGCGGGAAGGUUAGCCCUUUGGAACCGCGUACGGAUGACGAGGGCGAGCGCUGUACAGCUAUUGAGUCGGACGACCGGGGUGGGGUAUGACCUCAGCAAGGAGACACAGGCGAUGGUGAGGCAGAUCCUGUCGGAGGAGGAGCUCCCAGACUUUACAAUUGGGUGCGUGAGGAAGAUGUUGUUCAGGUACGAUUGCCUGGGGGAGAUGAGGAAGGCGCUGCAGGAAACCAGGGGAGAGUCGGCGAAUUGUGCCUAA